CCAAAUAGGCUCUAAUGUUGAGGAGUUGAUCCUCACGAUUUGCUUUCUUUUAGUUUUGUCCGUAAAGUGUAGAGCCUAUUUACCACUCGGUGUGUACAUAUUUUAUCCGACGGAACACAGUCGGUUUUACACGAACAGCUUCACGCCAUGGCGAYGUGGAGCGACGUUGAACUCCUGACCAACGAGGACACUGGCUCGGGCCGCUUUGACAGCGUUUCUAACAAGGAGGAGGAAAAUGGAAGCAGCUUGUAUCAGCUGGACACACUGGUCAAAAUCUCCUCUGCCAGUCAGGUGGAAACAGAUCCCCGGCUGUCGUCUUUUGGUGGUUCAAACUGGAGGAUUGUUGUUGUUGACAAGACAGUGAUCCUGUUUGAUGAGAGCUAUCAGACCGUCCUGCUGCUGCUCCACUUUGAAACUGAUGUGGAUGCCAUUGAUGUUUGCCUUGGAGGACAUUUUCUGGUGGUUUGUGAAAGAAAUGGAAACCUUCAUUUGGUUUAUGUUCCAAACAAGAGUAUCCUCCUCACUAGGGCUUUGGUUGAUGAACCAUCAAGUGAAAACAAGAAAACAUAUCGCUAUCUCAUCAUAGAUGAGGACAAGUCAUCCCCAGGGAUGUAUUACAUUAUCCUUCUUAUAAAGGAUGGCUUUUUCCACAUUUCAAACCUUGUUUUGGCUAAGAUCGAGACAGCUAUAGAAAAAAUGGAUGUGGGCUCUUUGAAAGAACUUCAGAGUCUCAUCAAAAUAGACUUUUGCUCCACUAAGGACUACCACGGUGAGGGCUGCAGCACCGCAGUCCUGUUCAAUCUUGGCCUUGAAACCCACCUGAUGAUUGGGGGAGAUGAAGAAAACGUUGUGACCCACUGGAAGAUGGAUCGUCUUCAGGCAAAGAUGUGCUUCGCUCAGUCUUUUGACAGCAGCUUGAUUCCUGGUGUAAAGAAAAUGGCCGUAGUGGAAAAUCAGUUGUAUAUUUUGGACUCUGAAGACAUUCUGAGCCUUUGGGACCUUCAUUUCCUCGUCAUGAUUCACUGCUGGCCAGAUCUCACCAUUCAUGACUUUGAACUCACCACCGAGUGCGGCUCUGCCUCCAUGGUGGCCCAAGACAAGGGCAGCAUGAGAAUGAUCACACUGACUAAGCAAGAAAACAGUCAGAUCAGCUCCCUUCAAAUAAGAUUUCUGCCCUCCAUGAGUGUUUGCUAUUCUCUGGAUGUCUCCUCCGUCUCCUGUCUCCUUCAGAUGAAAACAAAUAUGGAUACAAUUUAUUUGGUUGAGGGGAUGUGUGAGAACCCAGAAAGCAGUCGAGGAGAACCUGUAGCUUCUGUCGUCGUCAGAUGUUUCACAGAGGCUUUACCUGAGAACAGACUUAGCAGACUUCUUUACAAACACAUGUUUGAAGAGGCUGAGAAGUUUGCCAUCACAUUUGACCUCGAUUUAGAGCUCGUCUACAAAGUGAAGCUUGACUUUGUGCUGGAGCAGCUGGCCUCGGCUUCAGUGGGUGGAUAUGGACAGGAUGUGUGGUCGGAACUUGUAGAUGAGGCCAAAACCAACCUGAURAAAAUCACAGAUGAGCAGUACGUGGUGGAAUACUGCCUCAAGGCUCCCUGGCCGACCUUUGAGACUGCAGAGAAGAUGCUGAAUCAUGUCGCCUCGCGAUACUCCUCCUUACAAAUCCAAGAGGCCUUGGCCAGGCUGGCAACAUUCUGCAACCUCCAUGGCUUGGAAAAUUUUAAUGGAAUUACCUGGAUUGAGUUUCUGAACAACACUGAUAAUCUGGGAGAUGUUUUGACACAUCUAAGGGAAGGAGACAUGAAGGGUGCACAGUUUCUUUGGCUCAGAUAUGAGGGGCAGAUUGCUGAAGAGUUUAAUGAAAACAGUUUGGAAGCGAUUCUCAGUGUCAUUCCUGAGGACCUGCCCUCCCAGGACCUCUGUCCAUGGUUCAAGACCGUGUUUGUCCCUUUUGUGAGGAGAGUUCUGCCAAAGGGUCAGAGAAUUCUGGCAAAGUGGCUUGAGCAAAAGGCAAGGAACUUGGAGUUAACUGAAAAGGCUUCUUGGCCUCAAAACGGGCUGAACUUGGCGAUGCUAGGACUUCCCUCAUUAUGGACCUGGAUGACAUCUGUAGAUGAUAACGAUGGUGCAAAUGAGUUGGACAACCUGAAAUCCCUGGUUUCCAGUCUUCGUCGGCUGCUCGACCUCCACCAGAAAUACAACUGCAGGCUUUCUCUUUCAGUGUUUGAGAAGAGAAGCGUGUGGAGUGUGGCGUUCUUUAUGCUGGACAAAGUUCCUGCUCCAGAGCUGAUUGCUGCUACAGUGGAAAACCACAUCAAGCCGUAUGCCAAAGAGCACAAGAUACCUUUUGAUGAAUUAUUGCUACAGUACAUUAAGGAUCUGCUGGAGCGCUGCAGUUCUCGCGUCACAACACUUUUCACAGAAUGGGAAGCCAAAGCGGUGGCAGUGCUCGGCUGCAUGACUGACACUGAUUUGAAGGUGGAUGCUGUGCUGGAGAUCAUGCAGAAAGCUGUGGUACCCUGGAGUAACGUGGUGGAGACACUUGUGCAGCAGUACCUAGAGAUGGAUGGACCCAAACAAGAGCUCCUGAAGGAGAGUUACCAUCUGAUGGAGAUCAGGAAACUUCUCCGGGGAUACGGCAUCCGCAAUUUCACUCUCUCCAACAGCACUGAAGUCAUGACACUGAUUCGACACAUCCUGAAACUAGACCUGCCGACAUCUUUAGAGGACUCCCUGACGUUAGCAGAGGCGUACAAACUGCCAACAUCCCAGAUAAAUUACUUAUAUCUCAUCCAGCUGACGAGCCAAAGCAAGACUGAAGAGGUGGUGACUGUUCUGAAGAGGCUGACGGCUGCAGAGGCAGAGUGUGUGAUCGAGCGUCUCACGUGUUGGGCUCGGCUGCAGCUGGAGGACAAACAACACAUAUCUGAAGAGCACAAGAAACACAAGAUGGUUAUAGCUCAGGUGAUGGUGGAGGCUCUAAAUUAUCUGCAUAUAAUCCAAAAAAAUGAUUCUGUUAAAAGCAUGGAGUGCGAGAACAACCUCAUCAUGUUCCAGGCAAUCGCCCACUUACAAGAGGAUUUUGAUGUCUUYGUCACCCCCUCAAACUACGAGGAUCCGAACAUCCGAAAAGAAAUCCAGGAGCAUCACAUCACAGCUUAUGAAAAUACUCGAGGUCACCAUUCGUCUAACGGGAAGGCUUUGUCAGCUCCAGUUGUGUCUAAUGACCCAGAUGGCAAGAGCAGGACGAUCUCGACAGAAGCUGGACUCCGCCGGCUCGGACGGCAGCUGCAGCGCACCGAACAGGAACUCUGGUCUGAUUUAGGCCUGCGGGCUCUGGGAGCGGGAAAAGUGGACAAGGCUCUGACGAUACUCAGUGAGCUUUAUGAGCACCACAAUAACUGCAGUACAGGGAAGGUGUUGUUCACUGCUGCCAAGACUUUAUGCCAGAUGUUGGAGGCCGAUGACCCCAUGGUUCUUCCUGAUGACAUGGAUUUACCAGCAGUCAUCCACGGUUUGGCCUGUCAGGCCAUUACUUUGUGCCACUCAGAUUUGCUGCUUGACUGCCUGGAGCUCUGCAAGUCCACACGGAUAGCGAUGGAUGUGUAUCAUCAGUGUCAGUUAUCAGAUAACUGUGGCUUCAUAUCCAAAGAUUUGGGUUUGGGGGCAGAGAAAGAUCCUUAUUCACAGUGGAGUUUUCAGGAUGUUUUCAAUGAAGAUUGCAUCGUGCUGGAUUCAGCGUCUGUGCUCCCUGUUCAGUACGAAAUAACCAACUUCUUGCUGCCUAUUUCUCUGGAUACCAAACUGUUUCCACUGGACUGUUCCUGCCUGUCACACUGCUCAUUUAAAGAUGAUGUGAAAUACCUGCAGUCCCUCCUCGAAUCACUCACCAACAUGCUGCAGAUGCUACAGGAGUCCAGUCAGUUGGAGUUGGCCCUCAGAGUCUUGGUCAGCACCUACAUCAGCAGCUUGCAACACGUCACCUCUAAUCGGAUGGAUGUCAGACUAAGUAUGCAGCUUUAUGAUGCACAAAAUCUUAAGAACUACAACAUAUGCCUGAAUGAUCUUCGAAAAAUGACAAUGUCCUCCCUAAAGUCUGUGGUUGUCGGCCUUUUGAACAAGGUGUUCAACUGGAGGGUGGUUGAUUGUGAACUGGCUAUUGGUCUUUGUACACUCCUCUCUAAGGCAGAAGUCUUCAAAUUACUGUGGAAAGUUAUUGACAACACUUGGCAAAACUAUGACAAAAUAUUGGCCGUGGCAAGGAUCGGAGCUAACCUCUGCUGCUUGUAUAAUGAACCAAAGGAACAAGUAAAGUUUCUCUCGCUCAUCACGGAUGCAGAGUGGGGAGUCAAGCUCGGCAAAUUAGAGAUAUCCAUCCAGCCAGUGUUUCGUCAACCAUCUGAGCUGAAGAGCAUUCUGAUCCCUGAAAUGGUGAAGAACAGGAAGAUCACUCCAGAUAUCAUUCUUCAGUAUUGCAGCACCUUUGGUUUAAACCGUGACCGUGUGAUCAACCAGUAUAUCACCACCUUACUGCUGCUCCAGGAGGACGGAGGCGGCGAAGCUGUCAUUAACCAGGAAGAGCCCAUGUGUGGUGCUGAUACACUGGAACGAGUCCUGCAGAUCAUCCCGAUGCUACACAGCAUCAGCGAGCUCACCAGUAGUCUCUGUACUGCCGUAUUCAAGCUCAGCCCUUACAACUACGAGAGAAUCGAAGUGGUGCUCAAGAUCAUACAGACUGCAGAUGAAAGUGUGUUUUCUUUCUCUGUUAGUCAGGCAAUGGGCCUUCUUCAACACCUGAAGUCCUACAAGAGAGUCUCUCCUCCCUCGGACGUGGAGAACACGUAUCUUCUUGAAAAUGGGCUUUUGCCAGACCCCCUGUCCAACAGCAGACUGCCGUUCCACCUCCUCAUGCAAAGCAAUUAUUACUGGAAGAUAAUCUCUCCUGAGCUGAGUGACGAGACAUUCCCCACACUGCUUCUAAUAAGCAAACUUAUGAAGGUGAGCCUCGACAAGUUGUACAUGUCAGCGGCAAGACACGUGUUUGAAAAGAAAAUCAAGCCUCUGAUUUUGGAACAAAGAAAAAGGGGCCAGGAUCAUGGCAACAGUGAGGUUCUCAAGGUGACAAAGACCAUGAUGAAAUACAUUCAGUGCAUCCAGAGUCCAGAGUGGGCUGCAGCCACGGCUUAUAAAAUAACCCAGGAGAUUCCACCAGGCUUUGAGAAGACGGCCGCACUGAAGUUGUGUUUGUCUCUUGGAGAGGCAUGGCUUAAACAGCCCAACCAAGAGGAGGCUUCACGGGCCCGAGGUGAGUCCUUUCUGUCCAAACUGAAGCUGCAGUUCCAGCAUUCUGCUACCGAGAACACGCUGAUCAGCAGUCAGCUGGACAGCCCAGAGCACAUGAAGCUGACCGGGAUGCCAGCGAGGCUCAUCUUGGCCCUGUACGAGCACAGCAGCGUGGAACAGCGUUACAGAGAGACAGGAGGUCAAACUUAUCCCGACAUACAUGCUGCAGUGAAGGAAAUCGCUGCGAUCACUAAUGUGGAUCUUGUGAAAAUUCGUAACAUGCUGUUAGAAAAGUGGAUCUGCAAAACAGGUCCAGCUGUGGCCAAGGAAAUAGUCAAUCAAGACCAUGCCACUGACAUUGAGGAGGAUCCAGACCUAAAGAGGGUGGUUUACAUGCUGCAGUCCAGCUCCAUGGGUGAUGCUGUCUGUCUUCUGAAGCCUCUUCUGACUGCUGAGACCUGGCCACUAGGCACAUCUGGACCUCGUCUGACCUUCUGCCAUCGGACUCGAGCUCUGCUUUGUCUAGUCCGUCUCGCCGACGCAGCGAUGCUGGAGGCCCAGUUGCAGAUCCCGAGGACCAAACUUGGGCAUUACCUGAAGUGCUACAUCUUUGUUUCUCAGCUGGAAGUGCUGAGCAUCCCUCACACGGUUCAGUCUUUCCUCAACAGCCCCAAAGAGGGCUUGAUUAAAGGGCUGUGGAAGAACCACAGCCAUGAGCCACAGGCUGUUCGUCUGGUGGCCGACCUGUGCCUGGAGUACCAGGUCUACGAUCCUCAGCUGUGGAACAGUUUGCUGCAGAAGCUGCUGGGCUUCAACUCGAUAAGCCACCUCCAGAAGGUGCUGGAAGCAAUAGUGGCUGUACCAGCGUUGUGGGAGAUUUCUAGUUUCUCCAGGACUUGGAGGAGUAUGAUACUGGCACCUUUUGUUUCAGCUUCAGUUCCCUUGAGCCCAGAUCAACAAGCAACCUUCUACAAGACCUUUGUCCUCCUGCUCAAGUGCCCCUUCCUGUUGAAUUUGGACUUGGUCGGAAUAGCAAACCGCUUUGCUCAGUUUAAUCUUCCCGCCUUUGCCCUGGGAACACUGCUUCUCAUCUCGUCUGCCAGUAAAAGGGAGCAGCAGAUCAAGGCCUUUCUGUCCAUCUGUAACCCAGUGGCCGUGCUCGAGCAGGUGGAUGAAUUUAUGAACACAGGAGAACUGGCUGGAGUGCCCUCACAGAUCAGGGAGACUGUAUUAAUCUUCAUGAGUCAAAACGGACAGCUCCAAAAGCUGAUCCAAACAAAACACUUCAACCAGCUGAAGCAGCUCGUUGUGAGGCGGGGUCAGCUCAACCAGGUCAAGGACUUGGUGGACUACCUGGUCAGCCACAACUGUCAGGAGGAGGCUGAUUCUCUCACUUGUGAGUAUCUGAAGCACCGACAGGGAAAAGGGAAAACGCUGCCAAACGGCUCCAUUUCUCACAGCUCCCUGAAGGAGUUUCUUAAAAUGGAAAAUGGUGAAUCAGGAUAGGAAGGGUCUGUUCCUUCAGUCAUAUUUAUAUCUUCUGUCUCUCUCUGCCUUCAGCUGAGAUGCAGUGUUUGCACUCUACAUUUAUCCUGUUUAUGUAAUAUUUGAAACUUUUUGACAAACUUUUUGUGCUUUUUAAAUGAUAAAACUUACAUCUGCUAGUG